UACCAUCGCUUCACAAGUAUGUGAUAGACUGCAGCUGUUAUGAAAGGCGUGCACAGCCGCAUCAGAUGAACAGUUUGUUGGUAUUGGCUUGGAGGGUGCUGUACUAAAAAAACAAAUACACCAUGGAUUUUAUUGUGCUUGUCUGCAGUCUUCUAGCAUUUACUUCAAUAUCAUGGACAUCUGUUCUAGUAGAACCAGUUCAAGAUGAAAUUAGUGAGUUAGCUUUACCGAUGCAACAAGAAAGCUUAUCAGAGGAACAAGAGAAUUAUCCGGAAGUGGAAACGUUGAACGGCAGAAUUCAAGGAUUAACUGAAACUGUUGACGGAACGGAAGUGCAAAUGUACUUGGGAAUACCAUUUGCAGCUCCACCGGUUGGUGAUCUUCGUUUCAAACGACCUGUGGCGGCUCCAAGUUGGACGGAGACUCUCCGCGUUAAAUCUAUUUCCGCUUCCUGUCCUCAAAUACCUUACAAUGUCUUUCCUGGAAACCCAGGAGAAGCGAUGUGGAAUCCGAAAACAGAGCUCAACGAGGAUUGUUUGUAUCUGAAUAUAUGGACACCGUCCUCCAUGGGCACGUCUGAGGCGAAAACACUCACGACCAUGAUAUGGAUCUAUGGAGGUGGUUUCUACUCUGGCUCGACUUCCUUGGACGUGUACAACGGCAAAUUCUUGGCAGCUAAACAGAAUGUCAUCGUGGUUUCAAUGAACUAUCGGCUUGGUCCGUUGGGAUUUCUGUAUCUCGGGGAAGAUGACGCUCCUGGUAAUGUUGGACUACUGGAUCAAAAUCUAGCGAUCAAAUGGGUGUACGAUAACAUCGAAAAGUUCGGUGGAGAUCGACGUAAGAUAAGUUUAUUCGGAGAAAGUGCCGGUGCCGCAAGUGUGCAUUAUCAUACACUAUCACAAAAAAGUUUGGGAUAUUUUUCUUCCGCUAUAUUGCAAAGCGGGUCAGCUUUGGCACCUUGGGCUUUUAUUUCACCGGAAGAAGCGAAUUCGACGGCCCGAGCAUUUGCCAAACUAAUGAAUUGUGAUGGAGAGAACGUCACUUAUAUUACAGGCUGUUUACGCGGUAAAGCUACAGAUGGUCUAAUUGAGGCGCAGUUCAGUCUCCCGUCAAAUCUCUCUUUUCUCGGUGUAGCGUUUGCGCCAACUGUCGACGACUACUUUUUGACUACAAGUCCGUCCAUUCUACUACGUCAGAACAAACAAACAAUUCAUAUGUUGAUGGGUGUUAACAAAAAUGAAUAUUCAUAUUUUCUUAAUUAUGGAUUGGCCGGAGAUCCUGACCUGGUUGCAGAGAAGUUAACCAACGACCAGUUCAUCAGUGUCUUGCCACACAAGAAAGAUAACCUGACUCGGGAAUCUAUCAUACAACAAUAUGACGUUGACUUCACGUCUAGGAAGACCCCGUAUAUAAACAUCCUGGACGACAUUGGUGGAGACUACAUUUUCAAAUGCCCUACGCUGGAGGUAGCCGAGACAUUAGCACACAAGAACACCGUCACGCCCUCAACGCCCGGGAUAUACGUGUACUCAUUUGAACACAGAACCUCGUCCAACCCGUGGCCGCGCUGGACUGGCGUGUUACACGCGGACGAAAUUGAAUAUUUGUUUGGAAUGCCAUUGAAAGAGUGUGCCAAUUAUACAGACGACGAACUCGUCCUGUCAGAACGAAUGAUGGAAUAUUGGGCAACGUUCGCCAAAACUGGGAACCCUAAUCCCAUGAAUACCGACCUCGGAGUGACCGUAUCAGAAUGGCCGGAGUACCGGCCAGGGGAGGACCGUUAUAUUGUUUUGGACUGUGGUCACUUCAUAAAGACAGGAUCUCACAACCGACGGCGUGAGUGUAGAUUCUGGAGUCAUCUUUAUCCCCGUCUACAGCAAGCAGAUCAGCGAUGUGACAACAAAUAACGGAUGAUUUCUGAAAGAUCUUGUGGAAUUUUGAAAAAAAAAAAAUCGCCGAAUGCGAAUAGUUAAACAAAAGACAGACUACUUGAGAUGAAUUAUGUUAUACAUUUUCAUUUCAACAAGAAAUGGCUGCUUACAGUCUUACCAAAUAAGGGUUGCACGAAUUCCUAAUUUUACAAAAUUUUUAAUUCCCUCUCUUUGUCUGUAGGUAACAAUUUGCAGAUAAAACGGUUUGGAAACUGAAGUCUGACAUUUGUAAAUGUAUGAAACCACCGUUUUUUUCGGAUUUCCGGUAUCACGGUGUAUGGUAUUUAAAUUUGAGAAGGGAACAGUCACAAAUUAAAUUGGUUUCUUGUAAAUAUAUCAGCACAGAACUUAAUUGUGUUCAUCAAUAUAUACCUAUUACAGAUAUCGGUGUGUACAUAUGACACUUUCUGAUGAUCCCCUUCGUAAAUGCGAAUAAAAUGGCAAGUUACAAACGUUUUAGACGACAAAUGCCGUUGGAGCCGUUUGUGACAUCAUGAAAUUUCAAUGACGUCAAAACAUUAUCAAUAUCAGCUGGAAAAGAUUGAUAAUGCAGAGAAAAAGAAAAAGAGAAAAAAUCGUUUGGGAAAAUCCCACUAUUGGUUGUUUGAAUAGUUUAUCGGCUCAUAAUUUAACCGACGAAGCUCAUGUACAGAUGACGCAAGGGGGUUGGCCUUAUUGUCGACUCUGUGAGUCGUGACAUUGUUAAGAGUAAGGCUACUGUAGUGUACUUCUCAUGUACAAUGAAAGGAUUACUAUAAUGUUGCAUAUAGCAUACACCCUUAAAAGGUUGAAACGAGAUCGUAGUGAGGCAUGCAUGUAAAUACCUCCUUUACCAGAGAGUUCCAUGUACUUUGCAUCAGGUAUACGUUCUGUACAUUUUUUGUGGUAAUUGGAUUUGGAUUUUAACUAGCAGUAAUAGAAGUCGUAAGACUAUACAACACAGUCCUCACUUGAAUAUACACUAAAUCUAUGGAGUACAGUGUAAAAACAAAUUCUGCGACAUACCUCAUUUUUAAAAAAUAAUGCAAGAUUCCUUGUCAACGAUAUAUCCAACAGCAAUUUUUAAGAAGCAAGGGAAGAUAACUCAAUAGAUUUGAGGUCCAGAUGGCAAUUAAAGGGGUUCUGUGUUCAGAUAUUUGAGAUAUUCUUUUCUAAUGAAAAACGACAAAUCAUACUUGUGUAUUCUGACAGCCUGUCUUGUUCUAUAAAAUCAUUUUAGUACAAGAAUCUUACUCCAUAUGAUUUACAUUAUACAACAGAUAUUUACUGAUAUAAUGAUUUGGAUUCACCAACUGAUAUUUUGGUUAAGGCUACAGUAGUUUUAAGAAUUUAUUUCAUUUGUGUUGAUCAGAUAGGAGAAUUUAAAUCUUACCAAUUGAUGAUAACUAACAGUCAUGCCCCAUUGUAUCAAGCAUAAGAAUGUAUUCAUUUGUUGGAAAUACAGAAAUAUUGUAAAUGACCCACAUGAUAUUUAUAUAUACAUUAAAGCAUGCUUUGUGUUUUUUUAA